CGUGUCAGUUCAUUCUCUUCUCCUUCGAACGCAGAGCGCCGCCGCCGGCAAAGAGCCGCCCCAUUCGGAUUCCAAGCUAUAGUUCACACUACUAGAGAAGAGAACCCUCUGCUAACUUCCAGCUAGGACUGUGAACUAUUGCUUCUGGCUGACUUCUCAGGUUCUCUUUUCUCUUGACGGAAAUCAUGAGAGAGGUCGUAACUAUCCAAGUCGGAGGAUUCGCAAACUUCGUCGGCUCUCAUUACUGGAACUUCCAGGAUGAGCUGCUUGGAUUGGCUGAUGAUCCUGAUAGCGAUCCAGCAUUCGCAAAUCAUCAGCAGUAUCUGAAUAUGGAUGUCCUGUACCGCACCGGUGAAACCAAUAAGGGCAUUCCUACGUACACUCCUCGUCUUGUGUCGAUAGACUUGCAAGGUUCCCUUGGUUCUUUGAGUUCACGUGGCUCACUGUACAAUGAAGAGGCUUCAUCUUCAUCUGUUGUUCCCACGUGGAGUGGUAGUGUUUUCACUUCUACAUCUGGAGUGCAUGAGAAGAACUUAUUCUUGCAAAGUUUGUAUGAGGAAGAGCAUGACAAGCUAGGCAGCACUUCUGGGAAAAGUGAGAGCCACAGAGAAAUCAGUGAUAGGGACAUCGUGGAAUCCUUAGAAAAUGGUGUCCAGUUCUGGACUGAUUUCUCAAAAACGCAUUAUCAUCCCCAAAGUUUAUAUCAGUUGAGUGGAUUGUGGGUGGAUCCUACGGAGUUUGACAAUUAUGGUAUUGGGAAAGAUGUAUUCUCCGAGAGUUCACGAGGAGAUGAAAUCAGUGAGAGGCUUAGGUUUUUCACGGAAGAGAGUGAUCAUAUCCAGGGUUUUCAAUUCAUUGCCGAUGAUUCAGGAGGGUUUUCUGCUCUCUCUGCUGACCUUUUGGAGAACAUUGUCGAUGAUUACCCGUGUACACCUGUUGUUUUGUAUACAGUCAGGGGCCCUGCCAAUCAGGUUAACCCUAGAGACAGGAAGCGAACAGUUUCGAGUAAUAUUCAUGAUGCAGUUUCUUUUUCAAGGCUAUCAUCCUUAUCCAAACUGAUUGUGCCUCUGGGUUUGCCUUCGCUAAGUACAAGUAAAGCUUGCUCAUUUCUCAAAAUCAAAGAUGAGAAGCCUUACCAUUCCAGUGCAGUUUAUGCUGCUGCUAUACACUCAAUUGGCCUCCCCUUCAGAAUGGAUACACUUGGACCAACUGUCAGUUCAUCAUAUGCUUCUGGGGCUUUGGAUGUUAAUGGCAUGAUACAAGUGCUAGCUGGGCAGGCUAGACAAAACCAAGUGGCCAUUCUUGACAUUGCAAUGCCUGCACCUACUUUAUCCGGAUCUUUUCUGCGGAAUUUGGAGUCCUUGACUCCUGAGACAUCAAAAGAUGUUGAAGAUGCGCAUGGCGUGGAAUCCAUGGUUGUUCAUGGCGCACUGGGAUCCGGUAGUCAUAGAGCUUCAACUGCAGAAGUUACUGAUGCAGUCAAUGCCGAGUACGAGGCUGCAUCAACACGACCGAUUUUCUGCCACCUCUCAACUGCCCGAUGCCCUCUUCCGAUACCAUUGCCGUUCCCUUCAAUUUUCGGGAACCGUGUUGGCCAGAAUGGAGAGCUCUUGAGCAACCCAGAUCCACCAUCCACUUCUUCUUCCUCUUCCAGGGGAUCACUCGACGUCCACUCGAUCCCCAUUGCAGCUAGACUACGAUCGAGCGCUGCCAUCUUGCCGUUCUUGGAGAACAGACUGCAAAAUCUUGGCAGACUAGGGAUCAGGCUGGGAGCUCCAGCAAGCGAGUUGGUGAGAAGCUGGGGGUUUGGGAAGGAUGAGCUGGAAGACAUGGAACAAAGCUUGUCCAAGAUGGUUGCCGCAUUGGAUCCUCGUUCCGAGUAUUCGUCCGAGUCGGAUUGAGUUUAGUUACUAACAACUAUGUAACAUCGGGAUCUAAAUACCUGUGGCUCUGAUGCUUGUUAAAUGAGAAUUAAUGGGGAAGAAAGAUUUAUUUGACAC